AUGUUGCUUCGCAAAGUUCUCGCCGCCCUAUUCCUCACCCUGGUGCUCAAAUUUACACGGCCAGUUCACUCGAACGACGAAAUGGAAGCCGGAGAACGUCGACACUUUGAAUUAUCGCCGGAAGAUGCGGUACCGAUGAAUAAAUGGGCCGGUGUAGAUGACGCCAGGAACAGUUUCCCCGGCGAUUUGAUCGUCGGUUAUCGUCUGGCGGACGAGGUGCUCUACAGGCGGGUCAUCGAAAUAAGAAAUCCGACAAACGAGCUGAAAACUGGCAUAAUUACCUUCUCGGUGCCCAGAGGGCAAUUUCACUACGUGAGCGCGAUCAACCGAGCGGGAAGCGUGGGCGUGAUGUGCGAGGAGCCCUACACGAUUGGCAAUUCGGAAACGGGUUUCAGAGUCAGGUCGCAGCCGAAUACUCAGGUGGUCCUGGACUGCACCUUCGCAGCUCAUUGAUUUCCACAUUUCUCGUUUCCUUUUUCACCAGAAAAUUUGCAAUUCACUAUUGAAGUUGAUGAUUGUACGUGCACCUAAGUGUACACUAACAAAGAUUAGAAAAAUAAUAAUAGGAAAAUAAACAAAGUGUGCGGACUGAAUUAAGUACGAAGCCUGAUUUAAGGUGGUUUUUUAUUCAAUCCAAACAGCUUAACUGAAAUUUAGACUCGGACUGAUUGUUAAUAUAGUAAUAAAGUGAAUCCCACCUCGUUGAAAAUAUCAUACCAGAUUACCGGACAAAUAUGCUAAAACAAGCUUUCUCAAAAUUGGAUCUUUAACACAGCGCUUAAGGCGGCUUUAAGUUUUUUCUACGGAUAUACUAUCAUAAUUAUUUUUUUAAAUCCAAAGACCUUUGCAAAAAAACUAGACAAUGGUUGUUACCUUUCCAACGAUAUGUUGAAAAGUAGACGUCGCUGACCGAUUCGAAAAGAUUUUUAGCAACUCGAUGAUAUGGCGGUGAAUUUGAAUAUCGUGAAUCCUAUUUUCACACAUCCUGGAUUGAUUUGUUACUAAUAAUCACAAAAUGAAGAAUAAGACGUCUCAUCUUUAAUUGAAGAAAAUCUAUUGUCCAUCCAGACGCAUGAAAAUAAUGGAACUAUAGAAUAUAUUAAUUGUAUCUGAUGACAACGGUAG